UGCAACGCUUGUUCCUGCCCUCGUACAGCAGUUGAUACCCGCCUCACUCUUCAUCGCGCACGCGUGUGUGUGUGUGUGUGUGCGCAUAUACAAGCGUUUCUCCCUCUUUCUCUUCAGCCUCCUUAGAACAAAUGAUACACAUGUGUGUGUCUCUCUAGACACCUGAGCGUCUGACCGUCUGCCUCUGGUGCCUCCUCCAGUCCUGCUCCUGCGCCUCGGACUGCCACCCUGACUCACAAUGAUCGAACCUGCCACUGAACUCCCCUUCUUCUACGGCAGCAUCAGCCGCUCAGAGGCUGAGCAGCACUUGAAGCUGGCAGGCAUGUCGGACGGUCUGUUCCUGCUGCGUCAAUGCCUGCGCAGCCUGGGCGGCUAUGUACUCUCGCUGGUGUGGAACCUGGAGUUCUACCACUACCCUGUGGAGAAGCAGCUGAACGGCACCUACUGCAUCUCGGGCGGCAAACCCCACUGCGGCCCGGCCGAGUUGUGCGAGUUCUACAGUAAGGAUGCCGACGGGCUGGUGUGCACACUGAGGAAGCCCUGCCUCCGACCCGCCGAUCAGGCUGUCAAAUCCGGUGUCUUCGACAGCCUGAGGGACAACAUGCUUCGGGAAUACGUCCGGCACACCUGGAACCUGGAGGGAGAAGCCAUGGAGCAGGCCAUCAUUAGCCAGGCCCCUCAGCUGGAGAAGCUGAUCGCCACCACGGCCCAUGAAAAGAUGCCUUGGUACCACGGCAAAAUCUCCCGGACUGAAGGCGAGAGACGCCUCUACUCUGCCUCGCAGCCCGACGGCAAGUUCCUGGUAAGAGAACGAGAUGAAUCGGGUACCUUUGCUCUCUCUGUGAUGUACGGAAAGACAGCCUACCACUACCGAAUUCUGCACGAUAAAUCGGGCAAAUACUCCAUGCCAGAAGGAACCAAAUUUGACACUGUAUGGCAGCUGGUUGAGUAUCUAAAGAUGAAACCCGACGGCCUGGUCACGUUGCUUCGUGAAGCCUGUGUGAAUCAACACAGCGCAAACCAUACUCCAGCGGUGCCAUUAGUUAGGGCCAGAGGUAAUGGCUACACGCCGCCCCCUGAAGUUCCUGGCGCCUGCAAGACCCUGACCUCAUUGCCUGCAGGGCGGCAAACUCUGCCCAUGGACAGCGAUGAGUUCGUCAGUCCAUAUGCUGACCCCAAGGAGCUCCAGGAGAAGACACUCUUCAUUAAACGUGAGAAGCUGAUGGUGGACGAGGUGGAGCUGGGCUCAGGGAACUUCGGCUCCGUGAAGAAAGGCGUUUAUAAGAUGAAGAGCAAGCACAUCGACGUGGCCAUCAAGGUGCUGAAGAGUGAGAACGAGAAGGCAGUUCGGGAUGAGAUGAUGCGUGAAGCUGACAUCAUGCACCAGCUGGACAACCCUUACAUCGUGCGCAUGAUCGGCCUGUGCCAGGCGGAGGCCCUGAUGCUCGUCAUGGAGAUGGCCCCUGCUGGGCCCCUCAACAAGUUCCUCUCCAGCAAGAAAGAUCAGGUUGCAGUGGAAAACGUGGUUGAGCUGAUGCACCAGGUCUCUCUGGGGAUGAAGUAUUUAGAGGAGAAGAACUUUGUGCACAGAGAUCUGGCGGCUCGUAAUGUGCUACUGGUCAACCAGCACUAUGCCAAAAUCAGCGACUUUGGCCUCUCCAAGGCCCUGGGGGCAGACGACAACUAUUAUAAGGCACGCACGUUAGGAAAAUGGCCUUUAAAGUGGUAUGCUCCAGAAUGCAUCAACUUCCACAAGUUCUCCAGCAAAGGUGAUGUGUGGAGCUUCGGGAUCACCAUGUGGGAAGCCUUCUCAUACGGUGGAAAACCAUACAAGAAGAUGAAGGGUCCCGAGGUGAUCAGCUUCCUACAGGCCGGGAACCGCAUGGACCGUCCCGCCAGCUGCCCGGAGCCCAUAUAUGAGCUGAUGAAGGACUGCUGGACCUACAAAUAUGAAGAGAGGCCCAGCUUUGUACAGGUAGAGGAGAGAAUGAGGACAUACUAUUACUCCACCUCAAAGAAAGUCUCCACAGAAACAAAGGAAGACGAGGAAAAACCUGCUGAUUAACAGCAUCCGUCUAUCUCUCAGACCACAGGACCUGUAACUGUCAGACCACAGCACCCGUCUAUCUCUCAGACCACAACACCCGUCUAUCUCUCAGACCACAGAACCUGUAACUGUGAGACCACAGCACCCGUCUAUCUCUUAGACCACAGAACCUGUAACUGUGAGACCACAGCACCCGUCUAUCUCUCAGACCACAGGACCUG